AUGACUAGUUACAGUAACGUUACCUAACUGCAUGUAUGGCUUUUGCACGGCCAAGGAUGUAAAUUAGUCAAUGCAAAUUGUUGGAACAUAUAUUGCGCUGUUGACAACUACAUAUGUGACAUGUACAACUUAUCUAGCUAACAUACUAAUUUGGCCAAAGAAUUGCAGAUUAAACUUGCACGCUUCAUUUUAUAUAGAUUUGCUUAUUAGUACCAGAAUAACUUUACCUACUGCAAAAAAAACACUAACCAGUCGUGCCAUUCUUCCGUCUAUCCUCCCCUCACUUGUUCCCCAGGCGACGAGCUGGCGCAGGUUGUGGGUUGCCCGUGGACCAUGAGGGACAGUGGUAGCAGCCUAGCACAGAACCGCUGGCAGGGAGAGCUGGGCCUAGCUGUGGGCCAGCAAGACAGUGGUGGUGGUGGUGGUGUAGGGAUCUCUGGGGGUCACCUGGGGAUGGACCCCACCUCCACCCACCAGAUGUCCAGCCCCAUGCACCUGAAACUGGACCAGAAAGAAAGGGAGGCCUGGGAUGCUGAGUACAUGGAGGAGUUGGAGCGGGAGGAGAUGGAGGAAGAUGGGGAUGAGGAAGAAGAUGAGGAAGAAGUGGAUUUUGAAGAAGGUGAAGGCUGGGAUGAGGAGGAGCAGGAACAAGAGGAGGAAGAUGAAGAGGAGGCUGAGGUUGAAUGGGAGGUCCCACACAUGGUUCCCACCACAUCCCUACAAGAGCAGAAUCAUGAUCACCAGCUGCAAGCACCACUGGAGGAGGAUGAUGACGACGACGACAAUGACAACAACCUGGCCAAAAAUAAAGCCAGGGACUUUCCCAGCAACCCUGUCCAGUCCAGGCUCAAUGUGCUCCGGCAGCGCAGGCUAAGGCGCUGGCGGAAGCUCCGCUCCCAUUCCGGCCUUCGGUCUCGCCUUACUCAGCAUUGGAAGACCUGGCGUCAGCGGGCCCUGUGGGUCGGCACCCUGGGGCACAGGAGGGCGAGGAAGUGGCCCAAGUACAGUCUGUACGCCAACCGGCACAGGAGAGGAGUGGACCCGGGCCUCAGCCCGCUGUCAGACGAUGAGAGGCUCAGUGGGUCUGAACGAGGUGAGAUCCCUAGAUGGGGAAAGAGGUUUUUGAGAAACUGAAGGGUCGACAGUUGCUUCAAUAAACAACACACUUGGAAUGUACAGUACCAGUCAAAAGUUUGGACACACCUACUCAUUCAAGGGUUUUUCUUUAUUUUUUCUAUUUUCUACAUUGUAGAAUAAUAGUGAAGACUUCAAAACUAUGAAAUAACACAUAUGGAAUCAUGUAGUAACCAAAAAAAGUGUUAAACAAAAAGCACUUUUUUAAACAACACACUUUUAAUGUAAAUGUAUUGCUCCAUCUAUCUCUGUUAUAUACAUUAACAGGUACCAUUAACUUAGCAGAGAAAAACAAGAGUAUUGCUUAAAGCGUCUGACAAUGCACCGUUUAAGAUGUGUAAGAAUCAAGGCGCUCAGUCACCACGAUAACCAUCAUAAUGUUAACGAUUCUCUCUGCAUUGUUGGGAAGGGCCCGUAACUAAGCAUUUCACUGUUAAUCUACACCUGUUGUUUACGAAGCAUGUGAUGAAUACAAUUUGAAUUUACUAAAGUUGUCAUCCCUGCAGACAACCGGUUGAAUGGUUACUCAGGAGACUACAAGUCCAGCCAGAUGGGAGUUCUGGGGGAGAGAGGGAGGAAGGAACCAGAGGCUUUCUACUCUAUCGUCAGAGAAAAACCUGUGGAGGUCGCCCUCACUGAAGAACACAUGAGCUGCAUACAUGGUAAACUAAAACAUAUAAUUGUUCUUCUCGAAAAUGACAAUUUCUAGUUAAAAUGGUUAUGAAGUAACUAAAACACUAACAAACAUGUUAUGCAGACAUUUCAGGCAGUAUAAGUAUGACAUGAAUUGAUGUGACAUUCUGUUAGUUGGAGAAAUGAAGCUUGUUGGAUGACAUGGUUUUACAUAUUCAACCUAUGAUGAAAAUGUAAAGGGAAGUACAAGUUUUAUUAUGUACAGUAUACAACAUCCAACGGUUCCUUCUCCACAAUGCAACAACAUUAAGAAAUAAUAAAAUAUGAAAAUAAAGUAAAUGGCUCAGUAGAAUAUAAUAAAUAUUUUAGCAUAAGUAUAAUACAGGAAGGCUCAAUUUAUAGUCCAAUAUUUACACGUGCUUUGGGGAAGGGGGGGUAUUGGGGGGCAAGUGUGCUAAGGUGCUGAUCAUCAGUGCAGGUGGUCAGUCCAGUUCAACUUCACUUCAAGGAAGUGUUGCAUCAACUCCGGUGAAAUCUACAUCAGUUGUCAAUUCAUGCUCAGUUCAAGGAAGACACAUUAAGGUUCUUCUUUCCUAUUGGUAUAUAUAUAUAUAUAUAUAUAUAUAUAUAUAUAUAUAUAUAUAUAUAUAUAUAUAUAUAUAUAUAUAUGUAUAUAUGUAUAUAUUAAUUUUUGCACACCUACUACCAACAGGAUAUGAUUAUAGGACUGAGCUUGGCUGCUCAAGGUCACGUAGAAUCCUCUACCGUCUGUGUGAUUCCGUAGUAGAAUCCUCUACCGUCUGUGUGAUUCCGUAGUAGAAUCCUCUACCGUCUGUGUGAUUCCGUAGUAGAAUCCUCUACCGUCUGUGUGAUUCCGUAGUAGAAUCCUCUACCGUCUGUGUGAUUCCGUAGUAGAAUCCUCUACCGUCUGUGUGAUUCCGUAGUAGAAUCCUCUACCGUCUGUGUGAUUCCCUAUUACUCUCCCAACAUUCUGUUUUCCCAUUGUCUCUCAGGGAUCCUGGACGAGUCUCUCCAGAAGUAUGGCAGUCUGAUCCCCAUCCACGCUGACGACGUGGUGGAGAAACUACAGGACAUCUUCAACGACAACUUCUCACAGCCUCACAGGUCCGUCUGACCCACACACAAACACAGGGAGACAUGCAAACACACACACAGACAUGCAAAGCAAUACAUGCGCAGGGGCACGUUCACACACGUACAAACCCCAAUGAAACAUAAUGUCCUGUACUGUGCAGGGACACAUACGCAGAGAGCGACACCAACCCAAAAAAGAAACACAAUGUAGCCUAAUAUUUAUACAAACUGAUGUCUGCUUGGCGUAAGGAGCCUUUUAAAUGUUGGCCUUAAAAAGCCUGGUGCUGUUGGCCGAGGCCAGGUGGAAUGUAAAUAAAUCUGUCCUUAAGGAGUGCAGUCACGCAUUCCUUCUACGCAGCACUCUUAAUUGAUUCUAAUUCUAUGAUGUCAGACUUCCAAAUAAGGUAUUUUUAACUCUUAUCUGUUAAGCGAUUUGAGCCAAAGGGAAAGGAAAACACCAACAUGUUACUAACAUCACCUAAGUUCUGAGUAUGUUGAUGCAAAAAUAGUAUUUUUGUUAUGACAAGGCACAAAUGUUACAAACUGAAGAUGGUGACUUAAACCAUUUGUAAUGCAACAGGCCUUAUAAUGCUUUGUCGAGUGUUUAGUACAGGGUCCCCCCACUUGGUCAUUGAGCCAGUUCUGUCCGUUCAUCAUCACCAGAGUUUAGGCACCAAACAGAAGAAAACGGAAUGAAACUGGGAGGGAAUAGUUGGACCAAUAAAAAACACUUGUUUUCCUUUGCAAAACGUUUUGCUACAGUGUGCGCUAAUGAAUGCGACCAAGCUGUUACCUACCCAUUGUAAACCUUUAACAAGAUAUAUAUUUUUUUAUAGUUCAAAUUAUCCUUCACUGAUACAGUUCCAUGUCAUAUUUCCCAAAAAAGGCAGCUAGUAUAAUGCAGAAAAUAUUUUGUGAACGUUUUAUGUUCCGUCUGAUGUUUCCAUAUCCAACAGGAAAGCGGUGGUGCAACACCUAAUCCAGUCCUACCAGAGGUCGUCCGGCACGGCCAUGGUGCGAGGGUUCCGCGUCAACUACAAGCGUCAUGUCCUCACCAUGGAUGAUCUCAGCACGCUGUACGGACAGAACUGGCUCAAUGACCAGGUGGGUGGGACCCUGUACUAAACACUAUAAAGCAUUAUAAGGCCUGUUGCAUGCUUAUAACAAGUAAUAACACAACUGUAUGCCCUAAGGUGGGACCCCCGACUAAAUACAACAGACCGGAUUCUAACUUAUCUGCACCUGAAUAUGCACCUGAAUUCUUGCAUACAUUUGAUGCAUCAUUGCAUGACUUAUGCAAAAUUGUAUUUGUGUGUAUGUCAAGUUAGGAUUGGACCCUAUAUACAAAGAGCUGUUACUUUUUAAAGGUCCAAAACAGCCAUUUUUAUCUCAAUAUCAAAUCAUUUCUUGGUAACAAUUAAGUACCUUACUGGUUAGGAUUCCAUCCAAUUGGCGUCAGAUUUUAUGUAGAUUUUUGAAUAUUCGCAUUAAGAAAAUAUGAAAAAUUUCCCACCUCUGGUGGAUUUCCACCAAACUGACUUGUUGCGAGUAAAAAUCAGUGCGUGAUGACGUACUAGUGCACACAAAAUGUACUUUUUCGCCUAAAAAUUAUUGUACCAAAAUAAGAAUCUAAAGUUCGAUGUGUUUCCAUUGCAUUUUCAACUCUACCGUUGUGUUAAAUAGCAAAUGUGCCUACUUUGGUCAUGGCACAUGCUAACAUAGCUAACAGCUCGCAGAUGCUGUGCGGGUAGACUAGUCUUCAUAAGGGUUUCCCAAACUCUGCCCCGGGGCCCUCCCCUGGGUGCACGUUAUAGUUUUUGCCCCAGCACAACACAGCUGAUUUAAAAUAACCAACUCAUCGUCAAGCUUUGAUUAUUUGAGUCAGCUGUGUAGUGCUAGGGUAAAAACCAAAACGUGCACCCAGGGGGGGCCCCAGGACCGAGUUUGGGAAAAUCCUGGUCUACAUGAUGAGAUUAUGAUAGAUAAGAGGGAGAAUAUAUUUUUUAAAAGAGCAUCAAGCUUUCAUCACCCUGCGAAGUUCAUAACUUAUUUAAUCUGUAUCUUAAUGUGGUCCUCUGUAGCUCAGCUGGUAGAGCACGGCGCUUGUAACGCCAAGGUAGUGGGUUCGAUCCCCGGGACCACUCAUACACAAAAAUGUAUGCACGCAUGACUGUAAGUCGCUUUGGAUAAAAGCGUCUGCUAAAUGGCUUAUUAUUAUUAUUAUUUAAUAAAAUGCAUGGUUUCUCUAAUCGUAGUGGGAGGACGGUCAGUGCUAUCCGGGAUCCCUGGGACGUCCCUACUCUAAACCCUAACCUUUACCUCCAUCCUAACCUUAACCCUUACCUUAAAGGGAUACUUCAGGAUUUUGGCAAUGCGUGCUAGCAGAUACCAUAGACUACCAGUCAUUGCGCUAACGCUAGUUAUCAUUGGCUCGUGAAACUACCUCUCACUUCCUUCAUACUGGACGCAGACAUACAAAUUGUAUCCAAGAGUUCAUCUGACUUUGGGGAAGUAGAUAAAGGGCCUCAUUGGCCAAAUCCAGAAGUAUCCCUUUAACCAUUUAAAAUGUCAUCUUCAAUGGGGUAGGGACGUCCCAAGGAUCCCGGAUAGCAUGGACAGUGGGAGGACCACACACACCAUAUCAUCGCGUGCCUCGAUAUGAUGGUUAUUAUAAUCAAUAUUUGCCCAUAAAGGCGUUUCCACCGCCAUUUCUCGCAUAAUUAAUUUUACGUCACAAAAAUAUCCCACCAUGUCGAACGAACAAAUUAUGUCUGCAUUUAUAAAAUUGUACCGAAAGUUCCUGUUUCCAUCACAGCUGUCGUUCUUUUUUAAAAUACGGUAUAACUUUACUUGCAUAAAAUCUGUGGAUGGAAACAUGGUUACUGUGAUUGUGUUUCAAUUAAAAUUGUCAAAAAGAAACAAAUAGCUUCUUAGCAAAGAGCAAUUUCUCAAGUAAGAAUUCUGCCAGGACUGUCUGGGAGUGGUCUGAGUGGGGAGGGGAAAACAGAAAACUAGCUGUGAUUGGCAGAGAGGUUUGGAACUAUUUCUUAUUGAUCUAUUAAUGAAUUUACACAUCACUAGGCAGGCCAAAACUCCAUCCCACCACAACAGGCUGACAGUUCAUGCGUUUUUCUUUCCCAAACCACUCUUACACUAAAAGGGUAUUAACAUUUUCACAAUUUUACAGUAUUAUUUUAACCUGGAAAUGUGUAUAGAUAGAUAGAACACAGGAACAUCAUGUUUGACAGCACUGGGCCUUUAAACUGUUUAAAAGCAAGGCAUUGUACAUUGUUGUGAUAAAAUCUCUUUUCAGGUCAUGAACAUGUAUGGUGACCUUGUGAUGGACUCGGUGCCCGAGAAGGUAGGAAAAAAUUUACAACAUACUUCCACGAUAUACUACUUUCAGUCCAUAAUGUUUUUUUUCCCUCAUAGAAAACCAUAUACAGUGCCUUCAGAAAGUAUUCAUACCCCCUGACAUUUUGUUGUUACAGCCUGAAUUCAACAUGGAUUAAAUAUAUGUUUUCAUCCAUCUACACACAAUACCCCAUAAUGACAUUGAAAACAUGUUUUUUGACAUUUUGAUAGUUCUGUAUUUAAUUUUCAAUAAAUUAUUUCAUUUACAUACGUAUUUACACCCCUGAGUCAAUACUUUGUAGAAGCACCUUUGGCGGCGUUUACAGCUUUGAGUCGUCUAUCAGCUUGCACAUCUGGAUUUGGGGAUUUUCUCACAUUUUUCCUUGCAGAUUUUCUGCACACUUUUGUUAAGCUUUGUUAAGUUAGAUGGGGAGCGGAGGUGAACAGCAAUCUUCAAGUCUUUCCACAGAUUUUCAAUGGGAUUCAAGUCUGGGCUUUGGCUGAGCCAUUCAAGGACUUUCACUUUCUUGUUCUGAAGCCAUCCCAGCAUUGCUUUGGCUGUAUGCUUGUAGUCAAUGUCCUGUUGGAAUGUAAAUCUUCCCCCAGUCUGUCGUUUGCACUUUGAAGCAGGUUCUCAUCAAGGAUUUGCCUGUAUUUAGCUCCAUCCAUUGUUCCCUCUAUCCUUACCAGUCUUCCUGCUGCUAAAAAGCAUCCCCAUAGCGUGAUGCGGCCACCAAUGUUCCCUCAAUUAUUUUUCGGCACUGAACAAAUUUCAGGUCUGCUGAGCACAAACUUGAACGUUGUGAAAAUUCUGUGCAACUUGCUCAGUUGUGCACCCGGGGCCUCCCACUCCUCUUUCUAUUCUGAUUAGACCCAGUUUGCGCUGUUCUGUGAAGGGAGUAGGACACAGUGUUGUACGAGAUCUUCAGUUUCUUGGCAAUUUCUCACAUGGAAUAGCCUUCAAUUCUCAGAACAAGAAUAGACUGACGAGUUUCAGAAGAAAGUUAUUUGUUUCUGGCCAUUUUGAGCCUGUAAUCGAACCCUCAAUUGAUGAUGCUCCAGAAACUCAACUAGUCUCAAGAAGGCCAGUUUUAUUGCUUCUUUAAUUAGCACAACAGUUUUCAGCUGUGCUAACAUAAUUGCAAAAGGGUUUUCUAAUGAUCAAUUAGCCUUUUAAAAUGAUAAACUUGGAUUAGCAAACACAACGUGCCAUUGGAACACAGGACUGAUGGUUGCUGAUAAUGGGCCUCUGUACGCCUAUGUAGAUAUUCCAUUAAAAAUCAGCCGUUUCCAGCUACAAUAGCCAUUUACAACAUUAACAAUGUCUACGCUGUAUUUCUGAUCAAUUUGAUGUUAUUUUAAUGGACAAAAAAAUUGCUUUUCUUUCGAAAACAAGGACAUUUCUAAGUGACCCCAAACUUUUGAACGGUAGUGUAUGUAAAUUAGAUUUCGGUAUUUCAUUCUCAAUACAUUUGCGAAAAUUUCAAAAACACUGUUUCACUUUGUCAUUAUGGAGUAUUGUGGUAGAUGGGUGAGAAAAUAAAUACAUUUAAUCAAUGUUGAAUUCAGGCUGUAACACAACAACAUGUGGAAUAAGUCAAGGGGUAUUAAUACUUUCUGAAGGCACUAUAUUCAGCGAAUGAGAAUACCUGUAGCAUCAGUCUUUCUCCCUCUCUCUCAGGUUCACUUUUUCAACAGUUUUUUCUACGACAAGUUGAGGACGAAAGGCUACGAAGGAGUCAAACGAUGGACAAAGAAUGUAAGAAACCAUAUUCAUCCCAUAAAUGUGAUAAUGGCACAAGUUCUGUUUUCUUUUCCCCUACACUGGCUUUUCAUGAUCCUUUGUCAAUCCAUUUUUCAAUUAAAUUUUAUCAUACACCGCUCAACAAAAAUAUAAACACAGCAUGUAAAGUGUUGGAUAAAAGGCCACUCUAAAAUGUGCAGUUUUGAAACACAACACAAUGCCACAGAUGUCUCAAGUUUUGAGGGAGCGUGCAAUUGGCAUGCUAACUGUAGGAAUGUCCACCAGAGCUGCUGCCAGAGAAUUGAAUGUUCAUUUCUCUACCAUAAGCCGCCUCCAACGUUGUUUUAGGGAAUUUGGCAGUACGUCCAACCGUACGUGGUGAACAGAAUGCCUCAUGGUGACGUUGGGGUUACGGUAUGGGCAGGCAUAAGCUAUGGAGAACACAAUUGCUUUUUAUCGAAGGCAAUUUGAAUGCACAGAGAUACCAUGACAAGAUCCAUUGUUGUGCCAUUCAUCCGCCGCUAUCAUCAGGUUUCAGCAUGAUAAUGCACGGCCCCAUGUCACAAGGAUCUAUACACAAUUCCUGGAAGCUGAACAUCUUCCAGUUCUUCCAUGGCCUGCAUACUCACCAGACAUGUCACCCAUUAAGCAUGUUUGGGAUGCCCUGGAUCGACGUGUACGACCGCGUGUUCCAGUUCCCGACAAUAUCCAGCAACUUCACACAGCCAUUGAAGAGGAGUGGGACAACAUUCCACAGACUACAAUCAACAGCCUGAUCAACUCUGCAUGAGGCAAAUGGUGGUCACACCAGAUACUGACUGGUUUUCUGAUCCACGCCCCUACUUUUUUUUUUUUAUAACUAUCUGUGACCAACAGCUGCAAAUCUGUAUUCCCAGUCAUGUGAAAUCCAUAGAUUAGGGCCUAAUGAAUUUAUUACAAUUGACUGAGUUCCUUAUGUGAACUGUAACAAUCUUUGAAAUUGUUGCAUGUUGCGUUUUAUAUUUUUGUUCAGUGUACUUACCUGGCAGGAUUACCCAGCGUGCUUUACCCAGGCGCAGCCAUUGCACUCCAGUUUUUGUGUUGACCCCUGCGAAUUCCCCAAAUGUGGAAAUCUCAACAGCAUAAUUUAUGGUAGUGGCGGACUGCGUUCACGCUUUCUCCUGAUUGGCUAGAAGGAAUACAGCUUUUGUGAAGUUUGUCAUUUUAGCUAACCCUAAUGGUGCGUUUAGAAGGUAGACAGUAAACCGGAUUUCAUUGUUUUCAAUGAGAGCACGACGGUAAAUGCCGUUGAGGUUGGUGGUAAAUGCUGUCAGCUGCCACGGUAGAUGGGACUUGGCGCCAGAGUUAAAAUAUUUCAACUUUUUCCAUCUGCCGUAGCGUUGUUUUCUACUGGACGUUGAUUUGCACUGAUUGUACUAGUGUGUAGUUGUCUUUACAAAUGUAUUUGUUAAAGUGCUUAACAGAAACCCAAGCCUUAACUCCACCGAAGAGCAAACCAAGACAGACAACACUUUCACUUCACCCCUUUCUCCCUCUUCCCCCUCUCAGAUGAAACAUAUUACGUGUAGUUUUUCAUCUCCCUCUACUCUAUCAGGUGGACAUAUUCCAGAAGGAUCUCCUCCUGAUCCCCAUCCACCUGGAGGUCCACUGGUCCCUGGUCAGUGUGGACAUCCCCCGUAGGGCCAUUACCUACUUCGAUUCCCAACGCACACUUAACCGACGCUGCCCAAAGGUGAGUUCCUGACUGCCAAUCAUGGCUAUCAGAUUUAGAACAAGUCCUACAGCCUCAAGUCCUAAAAAUCUAAAUUGAUUUAGUCUUUAUCUGUGUUUGAAGUGGGACUGAAAUAGUUGAUGGUACUCAUUUUGGGCAUUGGGUAUUCUUUUAUAUUUAGGAGACAGUACUAAAGCAGUCAAAUGUGAGGUUGCGGUACUCUGUACUGGUCACCAUCAGCCCACUUCAAGAACUGGUCUCUAUAAAUGAUCUCCUCUUUGUCCACUACCUCCUCAGCAUAUUGCAAAGUACCUGCAGGCGGAGGCUGUCAAGAAAGACCAGAGAGAUUUCCUCACAGGGUGGAAAGGCUAUUUCAAAAUGGUAAGUCAAGAUUUCUCAGAUUUGCAUAGCAACAGUUUGCUGGACAGGAAUGAACAACAGAUGUUUGUUUGACAGUGAUGGGGAAUAUGUUGUGUUUUACCAAAACAUUUCGAUGUGUGUGUGUUUCAGAAUGUUGGCCGCCAGAACAAUGACAGUGACUGCGGAGCGUUCGUUCUUCAGGUGGGUCCUAACUACACUGCUCAAAAAAAUAAAGGGAACACUUAAACAACACAAUGUAACUCCAAGUCAAUCACACUUCUGUGAAAUCAAACUGUCCACUUAGGAAGCAACACUGAUUGACAAUAAAUGUCACAUGCUGUUGUGCAAAUAGAAUAGACAACAGGUGGAAAUUAUAGGCAAUUAGCAAGACACCCCCAAUAAAGGACUGGUUUUGCAGGUGGUGACCACAGACCACUUCUCAGUUCCUAUGCUUCCUGGCUGAUGUUUUGGUCACUUUUGAAUGCUGGCGGUGCUUUCACUCUAGUGUUAGCAUGAGACGGAGUCUACAACCCACACAAGUGGCUCAGGAAGUGCAGUUCAUCCAGGAUGGCACAUCAAUGCGAGUUGUGGCAAGAAGGUUUGCUGUGUCUGUCAGCGUAGUGUCCAGAGCAUGGAGGCGCUACCAGGAGACAGGCCAGUACAUCAGGAGACGUGGAGGAGGCUGUAGGAGGACAACAACCCAGCAGCAGGACUGCUACCUCCGCCUUUGUGCAAGGAGGAGCAGGAGGAGCACUGCCAGAGCCCUGCAAAAUGACCUCCAGCAGGCCACAAAUGUGCAUGUGUCUGCUCAAACGGUCAGAAACAGACUCCAUGAGGGUGGUAUGAGGGCCCGACGUCCACAGGUGGGGGUUGUGCUGACAGCCCAACACCGUGCAGGACGUUUGGCAUUUGCCAGAGAACACCAAGAUUGGCAAAUUCGCCACUGGCGCCCUGUGCUCUUCACAGAUGAAAGCAGGUUCACCCUUGUGAGACCAUAUCCUGGUGCGGUUGGCCCUGGGUUCCUCCUAAUGCAAGACAAUGCUAGACCUCAUGUGGCUGGAGUGUGUCAGCAGUUCCUGCAAGAGGAAGGCAUUGAUGCUAUGGACUGGCCCGCCCGUUCCCCAGACCUGAAUCCAAUUGAGCACAUCUGGGACAUCAUGUCUCGCUCCAUCCACCAACGCCACGUUGCACCACAGACUGUCCAGGAGUUGGUGGAUGCUUUAGUCCAGGUCUGGGAGGAGAUCCCUCAGGAGACCAUCCGCCACCUCAUCAGGAGCAUGCCCGGGCGUUGUAGGGAGGUCAUACAGGCACGUGGAGGCCGCACACACUACUGAGCCUCAUUUUGACUUGUUUUAAGGACCUUACAUCAAAGUUGGAUCAGCCUGUAGUGUGGUUUUCCACUUUAAUUUUGAGGGUGACUCCAAAUCCAGACCUCCAUGGGUUGAUAAAUUUGAUUUACAUUGAUAACUUUUGUGUGAUUUUGUUGUCAGCACAUUCAACUAUGUAAAGAAAAAAGUAUUUAAUAAGAUUAUUUCAUUCAUUCAGAUCUAGGAUGUGUUAUUUUAGUGUUCCCUUAAUUUUUUUGAGCAGUGGAUAAUCCUAGAUGUUCAUACUUGGAUAUAGAGCCAUGGUUCAUAGCUGUAAUUAUUUUGCACUAUGGCCUAUUUAUUGUCUUACCUCCAUAUCUUACUACAUUUGCACACACUGUAUAUAGAUUUUCUAUUGUGUUAUUGACUGUAUGUUUUGUUUAUUCCAUAUGUAACUCUGUUGUUGUUUUUAUCGCACUGCUUUGCUUUAUCUUGGCCAGGUCGCAGUUGUAAAUGAGAACUUGUUCUCAACUGGCUUACCUGGUUAAAUAAAGGUGAAAUAAAAAAUAUUUUAAAAAAAAUAGCUGUCCUUUUACUACACACGUGCUGCAAUCCAAAUCAAACCCUAGCCCCAAGCCCUAGACACUCCUUUAAAUCAGGAUUUUAUUAGGAUCACCAUUAGCUUUUGCAAAUGCAGCAGCUAUUCUUCCUGGGGUCCACAUGAAACAUGAUAUAAUACAGAACACUAAUAGACAAGAACAGCUUAAGGACAGAACUACAUUUCAAAAUAAGAAUAUAGAAAUAAAAAAGAUCCAAAACACUAGGGUUUAAUAUGAUAACUGCUUAACCUUGCCCUCUGAUGGCUAGGUGGAACAAUUUGGUGCCAGAAGGCCUGGAUACUGCUUUGGGUGCCUUUGUUCCCUAACUCUGUCCUGGGUCCCCUCCUGGGUCCCCCCCUGGGUGCACGUUUUGGUUUUUGCCCUAGCACUACACAGCUGACUCAAAUAACCAACUCAUCAAGCUUUGAUUAUUUGAAUCAGCUGUGUAGUGCUAGGGCGAAAACCAAAACGUGCACCCAGGAAGGGCCUGGGACCGAGUUUGGGGAAGCCUGAUCUCUAACCUCUCUCUCUGUGUUCCUUCCAGUACUGCAAGACUCUGGCCCUGGGGCAGCAGUUCAGCUUCGGCCAGCAGGACAUGCCCAAACUGAGGAGACUCAUGUACAAAGAACUGUGUCACUGCAAGCUCUCGCUGUGACACCACGCCCUCUGAGGAUUCUUAGUGAAGAAGCAGCAGAUUCUAACGAGGAAGUGAGGGAUGGUUCUAACGAGCUAUUGCUAGAAGCUAGUGACUGAAAGAAAGGAAAAAAAAGUGUUACAUUUCAAAGGAACCUUUUUUCCUCUUGACAACGACAUCCAGAGACUUUACUACUAUAAGUCAGGAGGGCAUUUUAUAUUUUCUCCCAAUGUGUUUUCAGCCCUCUUUUUCUGUUUUUUCUCCUUCUCCCUUGACCCUAGUUUUUAUUUCAUGUUCAUGGUUGUUUCCUUGUGGUUGAUAGAGGCCAAGUCUAAGGCUGAGUCCCAAAUGGCACACUAUUCCCUAAGUAGAGCACUACUUUU